CUGCGGUGUGUGUGUGACGGUGGGAUACCCCUUUAGACCCCCCAUGGACCUGGAUGUCACCCCCAGGAUCACCGUAACUACCAGCGGUAAGCACACACACUUGAUAGAUACGUAGAGGGAAAAAAAUCAGAGAGAGAGAGAGAGAGAGAGAGAGAGAAGAAGAAGAGUAGUAUAUAGCAGAGAGGCGUCCUAGAGAGCUCUACUCUAGCUAUCCUACUCUGAUCGCCUCUCCUCUCCUCUCUCUCUCUCUCUCGCUACUCGCUCUUCUCACUCCUCUAUCUCUCUCUCUCUCUCUCUCCUCUCUCUCUCUCUCCUCUCCUCUCUCUCUCUCUCUCCUCUCUCCUCUCUCUCCUCUCUCUCUCUCCUCUCUCCUCUCGCUCUCUCUGCUUCCUCUAUCUCCGCUCUCCCUCUGCCUUCUCUCUCUCUCUCUAUCUCUCUCUCUCUCUUUUCUCUAGCUCUCUUUCUGCUCUCUCUCCUCUUCGCUCUCUUCUUCUAUCUCCCCUCCUGUCUCUAUGUUAUUUAGUGGCGACACACAGUCAAAUGGAUAUAAAGAACUCACUAAAGACUGAAGGAAAUGACAGUCAUGACUCAUGAUGUACAGUGCCUUGCAAAAGUAUUCAUCCCCCUUGGCAUUUGUCCUAUUUUGUUGCAUUACAACCUGUAAUUUAAAUGGAUUUUUAUUUGGAUUUCAUGUAAUGGACAUACACAAAAUACUCAAAAUUGGUGAAGUGAAAUGAAAAAAAUAACUUGUUUCAAUCUAAGUGUCACAUGAUCUCAGUAUAUAUACACCUGUUCUGAAAGGCCCCAGAGUCUGCAACACCACUAAGCAAGAGGCACCACCAAGCAAGCGGCACCAUGAAGACCAAGGAGCUCUCCAAACAGGUCAGGGACAACGUUGUGGAGAAGUACAGAUCAGGGUUGUGUUAUAAUAAAAUAUCUGAAACUUUGAACAUCUCACGGAGCACCAUUAAAUCCAUUAUUAACAAAUGGAAAGAAUAUGGCACCACAACAAACCUGCCAAUAGAGGGCCGCCCACCAAAACUCACAGACCAGGCAAGGAGGGCAUUAAUCAGGGAGGCAACAAAGAGACCAAAGAUAACCCUGAAGGAGCUGCAAAGGUCCACAACGGAGAUUGGAGUAUCUGUCUAUAGGACCACUUUAAGCCGUACACUCCACAGAGCUGGGCUUUACGGAAGAGUGGCCAGAAAAAAAGCAAUUUCUUAAAGAAAUAAAUAAGCAAACAUGUUUGGUGUACACCAAAAGCCAUGUGGGAGACUCCCCAAACAUAUGGAGGAAGGUACUCUGGUCAGAUGAGACUAAAAUUUAGCUUUUUGCCCAUCAAGGAACACGCUAUGUCUGGCACAAACCCAACACCUCUCAUCACCCCGAGAACACCAUUGAAGCGUGGUGGUAGCAUCAUGCUGUGGGGAUGUUUUUCAUCGGCAGGGACGGGGAAACUGGUCUGAAUUGAAGAAUUAUGGCUGGCGCUAAAUACAGGGAAAUUCUUGAGGGAAACCUGUUUCAGUCUUCCAGAGAUUUGAGACUGAGACGUAGGUUCACCUUCCAGCUGGACAAUGACCCUAAGCAUACUGCUAAAGCAACACUUGAGUGGUUUAAAGAGAAACAUUUAAAUGUCUUGGAAUGGCCUAGUCAAAGCCCAGACCUCAGUCCAAUUGAGAAUCUGUGGUAUGAAUUAAAGAUUGCUGUACACCAGCGGAACUUGAAGGAGCUGGAGAAGUUUUGCCUUGAAGAAUGGGCAAAAAUCCCAGUGGCUAGAUGUGCCAAGCUUAUAGAGACAUACCCCAAGAGACUUGCAGCUGUAAAUGCUGCAAAAGGUGGCUCUACAAAGUAUUGACUUUGGGGGGGGUGAAUAGUUAUGCACGCAUUUUGUCUUAUUUCUUGUUUGUUUCACAAGAAAAUAUAUUUUGCAUCUUCAAAGUGGUAGGCAUGUUGUGUAAAUCAAAUGAUACAACCCCCCCCCCAAUUUUUUUUAUUCCAGGAUGUAAGGCAACAAAAUAGGAAAAAUGCCAAGGGGGGUGAAUUAUUUCGCAAGCCACUGUAAUGUCGUGAAGUAUGCUGUAUGACUACGCACUUCAACUGGAUAUGAUUUAUUGGCGAGGUAGCCUAACGGUGACUAUUGCAUUCUGGUCACAUACUUCAUGUAAUUCAAACGGGACAAUAUAGGCUAACUGCAUAUAAAUUCUUUGUGUGGAUGAAAAUUAUAUCUAACUAAUCAUAGACCCGAUUUAUUUUGGUUCAACGUAUCAUGCUUCCUUUAUGUUGAAGUGGGGUUUGUGGGUGCGCUCAUCUCCAUGCCCGUCGGGGCGGCCGGCCGGGCGGGGUCUUUCCCAUCCUUGGAAAAUCCCUUUGGGCCCAGGGGGCAGGGGCCUCGGCCGACCGACGGCUCGAGGCGGGUGGGGUCGAGCGCACCUACGGUCAACAGUAGCCGAUUGUAUGGGUCUAUUCUGUUUGGAUUUGUAUAUUGGUGUGGCGUCUGGGUGUCUGUCCGCUCUCAGGAUAAAGAUUCCAAAGACCUUUCUCUUUUGUUUUUACUCCAUGAAUGGUUCAUUUAAUAAGGCCUAUGUUUUUUAUGUUGGAGCUGAGAGCGCAGAGGGAGAAAAUGACAUGAGCCGGUCGGACAAGCAUCAUAAUAUGGCCCGAAUAAUCUAGAUUGAUAGAUAGAUAUUGAGAGGAUGUUCUGUUUGAUUUUGCUGUCUAUAAUACGAAGCAGAAUGGGAUUUGUCCUGACAUUCGAUUAAGAAGCCAGCUGUCAUGAACGAAUCCCUCAACUUUCUUAAGUCUAUUGUGUUCUUAUUAAACUAGAAGAUUGUUUAAUUAAGGGAAGUUUGUAAUAAUGAAUUAGGUUAUAAUUAAUUAAUUAAUUAAUUAAUUAAAUAGUACAUUAUCUGUCAGCUAAUGGCUUUGCUGACUGAAUGCACUAUUGAAUGCUGUUUUAAUUGCACUGAUAUCUACUUCCAUUUGGGAAAAGGCCUCUAGGAAGGUAGACGGUACCAGAGUAGCUAAUGGUAAAAUCGAAACAUUUAUUUGGACCAAUGAUGAAGAUGCGCAUAGGAGACGAUGACCUAGACCACGUUAUAUUUAAUUUCAGAUGCGGUCAAGACUCCACCUCCCCCGCGGUUAGCCUCCUUCAGUAUCACGUACUGAUUCAAUCUUUGUCAGAUGUUUUUAUUUUGUUUUGUAAUGUCGGUGUGUAUGGUUUGUUUAUGUUUUUCUUUAUCUUAAUGUUGGCCAAAUAUGUGAAAUAUUAUCAGACUGGUCUUAUUGCUCUUUCAUUGCUUGUUGCAGAUUCUGUAACAACAGCAAACCCCCAUGAGUGAUUUAAAGAUAACUACUAUUAAUUUGAAAGGAAUUAAUUUCCCUAUCAAACGUAAAAAAGUAUUGACUUCAGCUUAAAAUAAAAAAGGUACAGAUUGCUCUCGUACAUGACAGACAUCUGACUGACUUGGAACAUUAGGAAUUAAAGCGAGACUGGAUAGGCAAAGUGUUUUACUCCUAUCAUUCUAAAAGCAGAGGGUCUGCCAUUCUUAUUCACAAAAAUCUCCCUUUUACACUGGAUAAGAUUGUUAAUGACUUUGAAGGUAGAUAUUUGAUUAUUACUGGUUUUCUAUAUGGCGAGCAUAUUCAGCUGGGAUCAAUUUAUGCACCUAAUGUUUACAAAAAUACCUUUAUUGCAAAACUUGUAAAUGAUGUGGCCUCACUGGCGACACCAUUUUGUAUUUUAGGAGGAGAUUAUAAUUGUCCAUUGAACCCACUGGUCAAUCAGAAACCUCCCAACCAGAAGGUAUCUAGGAAAACUAAGGGUAUACAUAAUAUUUGUGAUUUCUGUCUGCAUGAUGCCUGGAGGAUUAUGCAUCCAAAUGAGAAGGACUUUACUUUUUAUUUUGCCAGACAUAAAUAUUUUUCUAGAAUUGACUACUUUCUAACUUCACAACUGGUUUUAGACCGAACACAGUCUUGUGAUAUCGGUAUCUUAUGUUUGUCAGUCUUCACACCUUAAUAAGGCCUACAGCGAUCCAUCUAACAGAAGGGUGCGUUUAAACCCUAUGCUAUUUAACACACCUGAAUUCACUUCAUUUUUUUCUUUUUAAAUAAUCAAUGGAAUCUCUAUAUGGAGAAUAAUGACACCCCUAACGUAUCUCCUUCAAUCAUUUGGGAAGCAGGCAAGGCAGUUAUCAGAGGGAAUAUUAUUUCCUAUGUUGCAGCUAAAAGAAAGAAAACAUUUAAACUACAGUUGAACUUAGUUAAAAGUAAGGCAACUUGAAGAUGAAUUUAAAAGGACUUCUUCCAAACAGCUCUUCAAAGAAUUACAAUCUGCAAGAUCAGCAUUAGACCAACUGUUUACAGACGAAGCAGAAGCAUCUAUUUUCCAGGCUAGACACAGAUUAUAUGAUCAUGGAAAUAAGCCAAGUCGAUUCCUCUCAGGACUGGCAAAGAACAGAGGCUAUACCCUCGUUAAAGGAUCAAUCGGGGGUGGAACGAUUCACCACUAGGGAAAUAAAUACCAUUAUGAGGGACUACUACCUGUAACUCUACAGCUCCGACUCCAGCAAUAAUCUGGCUGACAUCAAUCCUUUCUGGACAAACUAUCUCUCCCAACGAUACAUGUGGGAGACAGAUAAUUAUUAUGCAAGGAGAUACCCAAAGAAGAAAUACAAGAGGCAAUUAAAACCCUUAAAAAUGGGAAAUCCCCAGGACCUGAUGGGUUUGGACCAGAGUUUUAUAAGAAUUGUCAAGAUUUCAUAACGGAACCCCUUUUCAGAAUGUAUACAGACUCCUUUGCCAGGGGCAAACUCCCUCCAACUUUAAACCAUGCUAAUAUUGUUCUCAUUCUUAAGAAAAAUAAACCAGCCAAAGAUUGCUCUAGCUAUAGGCCUGUGUCCCUUAUUAAUGUGGACAGUAAGCUCUUAUCUAAGAUCCUAGCUAGGAGACUAGAAAGAUUUCUACCAACUUUAAUAAAGCCGGACCAAACUGUUUUUAUAAUGCAAAUGCAUUCAUUGACAAAUGUCAGACAUCUCCUCAGCAUAAUACAACUCUGUAAGCAAUCACAACAUAGAGACACUGCUCUAUCAUUGGAUGCCAAGAAGUCAUUUGACUGAGUAGAAUGGCCAUACCUAUUUAAAGUACUUAACUGCUUGAAGUGUGAGAGAAUUUCGUUAACUGGAUAAAGCUGAUAGACCAUGCCCCUCAGGCCGCUGUGAUAACAAAUGGAAUGCAGUCACCCACUUUCUUUCUGGGUAGAGGGACACGCCAUGGUUGCCCACUGUCACCUCUGUUAUUUGCCUUGGUAUUAGAGCCCCUGUCAGAGGCUAUACGUACCCAGGAAGGUCUUACAGGUGUGAAGACUGAAAAACACUCCCAUUAUAUCUCUAUAUGCAAUUGAUAUUUUGCUAUUAAUGUCUAACCCAGAAACCUCUUCCCAUUCUUAUUGACUUAAUUAAGAGGUUUAGCUCCUUUUUCUGGCUUCAAAAUUAAUUUUAAUAAAUCAGAAGCUAUGCCCCUAGGGAGCUUGAGUGACAACAACAAUUUGAAUGACUUCCCGUUCAAUUGGACAUUUGUUUUGUUUUGUUUUUUGGUAUAAAAAUGUUGAAUAAACUUCACAACCUGUCUAACAUCAGCUUUGCACCUGUACAUAGGGCAGUUAAUGAAGACCUAGAUAGGUGGAUGGACCUGCCAUUAUCAUGGAUGGGUAGAAUUAAUCUGAUUUAAAAUUAUGAAUGUUUUCACCAGACUUUUGUUUCUCCAGAUGGUCCCAUUAUAUAUAAAGAAAAAUAAUUUUAAUGAACUCAAUAAAUACCUCUCAGACUUUAUAUGGCACGGCACAGAAAAAGACCAAGGUUGAAAAUUUGUAAACUGCAGCUGCCGUAUAAUUUAGGAGGCCUAACACUACCUAAUUUGCUAUUUUAUAACUGGGCAUGUCAUGCUCGCAAAAUUGCAGAAUGGCUCAGAGAUGAACAUUGCUCUAAUUGGGUCAGUAAUGACUCCUGUUUCACAUCUCCAUACUCAUUCAUCAGUGUUAUGACUGGUGAUAGAAACUCAGUCAGCACAGAAGUGAAGCAUAACCCGAUUCUUAACAGCACCUUUAAGAUCUGGAGAGAUAUUUGCAAACACUUUGGGAGAAAGGAUUACUUUCCCCCUGGCACCUCUGAUAGCAUUUUCCACCUCCCUCACAGAACCCAAUACGAACUGCAGUGGACCUCCUGUUGAAAGUUGAAAGACCUAAACACUUUAUCUCUUCAUUUUAAGCUGCCAUACACUCUAAUGUUGAAAGUAACUAAAGUGCUCUGAUUAGGGUAUGGGAAACAGAGCUGGGGAGAGGCACAGAAAUUCAAAAUUGGACAAAGGCUAUGCUCGAAGCAAGACAACUGUUCACCUACAACAAGGUGCAAGAGAUGCAAUAUAAGAUUAUGCAAAGGGUUCAUAGGACUCCCAUUAUAUGUAAUAAAAUGAAAGCAGAAUUCUCUGAUACCUAUUGGCCAUCUGUUUUGGACUUUCCCAUUAAUUAAAAUGUUCUGGGAAAAUGUCAAAACGAAGCUGGAGGGCAUGUUCAUACAGUGCCUUCGGAAAGUGUUCAGACCCCUUGACUUUUUCCACAUCUUGUUACGUUACAGCCUUAUUCUAAAAUGGAUUAAAUAAAACAAUAUCCUCAGCAAUCUGCACACAAUACCCCAUAAUGACAAAGAAAAAACAGGUUUUUAGAAAUGUUUACAAAAAUACCUUAUUUACGUAAGUAUUCAGAACCUUUCCUAUGAGACUCGAAAUUGAGCUCAGAUGUAUCCCGUUUCCAUUGAUCAUCCUUGAGAUGUUUCUACAACUUGAUUGGAGUCUACCUGUGGUAAAUUCAAUUGAUUGGACAUGAUUUGGAAAGGCAAACACCUGUCUACAUAAGGUCCCACAGUUGACAGUGCAUGUCGGAGGAAUUGUCCGUAGAGCUCCGAGACAGGAUUGUGUCGAGGCACAAAUCUGGGGAAGGGUACCAAAAAGUUGCUGCAGCAUUGAAGAACACAGUGGUCUCCAUCAUUCUUAAAUGGAAGAAGUUUGGAACCACCAAGACUCUUCCUAGAGCUGGCCGCCCGGCCAAACUGAGCAAUUGGGGAAGAAGGGCCUUGGUCAGGGAGGUGAACAAAAACCCGAUGGUCACUCUGACAGAGCUCCAGAGUUCAUCUAUGGAGAUGGGAGAACCUUUCAGAAGGACAACCAUCUCUGCAGCACUCCCCCAAUCAGGCAUUUAUGGUAGAGUGGCCAGACGAAAGCCACUUCUCAAUAAAAAGCACAUGACAGCCCCCUUGGAGUUUGCCAAAAGGCACCUAAAGACUCUCAGACCAUGAGAAACAAGAUUCUCUGGUCUGAUGAAACCAAGAUUGAACUCUUUGACCUGAAUGCCAAGCAUCACGUCUGGAGGAAACCUGGCACCAUCCCUACGGUGAAGGAUAGUGGUGGCAGCAUCAUGCUGUGGGGAUGUUUUUCAGCUGAAGGGACUUGGAGACUAGUCAGGAUCGAGGGAAAGAUGAACGGAGCAAAGUAGAGAGCGAUCCUUGAUGAGAACCUGCUCCAGAGUGCACAGGACCUCAGACUGGGGCAAAGGUUCACCUUCCAACAGGACAAUGACCCCUAGCACACAGCCAAGACAACGCAGGAGUGGCUUCGGGACAAGUCCCUGAAUGUCCUUGAGUGGCCCAGCCAGAGUCCGGACUUGAACCAGAUCGAACAUCUCUGGAGAGACCUGAAAAUAGCUGUGCAGCGACACUCCCCAUCCAACCUGAUAGAGCUUGAGAGGAUCUGCAGAGAAGAAUGGGAGAAACUCCCCAAAUAUAGGUGUGCCAAGCUUGUAGCGUCAUACCCAAGAAGACUCAAGGCUGUAUCGCUGCCAAAGGUGCUUCAACAAAGUACUGAGUAAAGGGUCUGAAUAUUUAUGUAAAUGUGAUACUAAAGCAGGACGUACCAGUGACUCGCUCAAUACGGAAUUGGUCAGAUGACACAGAUGCUAAGCUACAGGACUGUUUUUCUAGCACAGACUGGAAUAUGUUAAGGGAUUCUUCAGAUAGCAUUGAGGAGUACACCACAUCAGUAACUGGCUUCAUCAGUAAGUGCAUUGAUGACAUCGUCCCCACAGUGACCGUACGUACAUACCCCAACCAUAAGCCAUGGAUUACAGGCAACAUCCGCACUGAGCUAAAGGGUAGAGCUGCCACUUUCAAGGAGCAGCACUCUAACCCGGACGCUUAUAAGAAAUCCUGCUAUGCCCUCUAACGAACCAUCAAACAGGCAAAGCGUCAAUACAGGACUAAGAUUGAAUCCUACUGCACCGGCUCCGACGCUCGUCGGAUGUGGCAGGGCUUGCAAACUAUUAAGGACUACAAAUGGAAGCACAGCCGCGAGCUGCCCAGUGACACUAGCCUACCAGACGAGCUAAAUUACUUCUAUGCACGCUUCGAGGCAAGCAACACCGAAGCAUGCAUGAGAGCACCAGCUGUUCCGGACGACUGUGUGAUCACGCUCUCUGUAGACGAUGUGAGUAAGACCUUUAAUAAUAAUAAAAUGCCAUUUAGCAGACGCUUUUAUCCAAAGCGACUUACAGUCAUGCGUGCAUAUAUAUAUAUUUUUUGUGUAUGGGUGGUCCCGGGGAUCGAACCCACUACCUUGGCGUUACAAGCGCCGUGCUCUACCAGCUGAGCUACAGAGGACCACAGGUCACUUUAAACAGGUCAACAUUCACAAGGCCGCAGGGCCAGACGGAUUACCAGAACGUGUACUCCGAGCAUGAGCUGACCAACUGGCAAGUGUCUUCACUGACAAUUUCGACCUCUCCCUGACCGAGUCUGUAAUACCUACAUGUUUCAAGCAGACCACCAUAGUCUCUGUGCCCAAGAAAGUGAAGGUAACCUGCCUAAAUGACUACCGCCUCGUAGCACUCACGUCAGUAGCCAUAAAGUGCUUUAAAAGGCUGGUCCAUGGCUCACAUCAACACCAUUAUCCCAGAAACCUUCAAUUUGCAUACCGUGCAAACAGAUCCACAGAUGACGCAAUCUCUAUUGUACUCCUCACUGCCCUUACCCACCUGGACGAAAGGAACACCUACGUGAGAAUGCUAUUCAUUGACUACAGCUCAGCGUUCAACACCAUAGUGCCCUCAAAGCUCAUCCCUAAACUAAGGACCCUGGGAUUAAACACCUCCUUCUGCAACUGGAUCCUGGACUUCCUGACGGGCCGCCCCCAGGUGGUAAGGGUAGGUAACAACACAUCUGCCACUCUGAUUCUCAAAACAGGGGCCCCUCAGGAGUGCGUGCUCAGUCCCCUCCUGUACUCCCUUUUCACCCAUUACUGCAUGGCCAAGCACGACUCCAACACCAUCAUUAAGUUUGCCGACGACACAACAGUGGUAGUCCUGAUCGCCGACAACGAUGAGACAGCCUAUAGAGAGGAAGUCAGAGACCUGGCAGUGUUGUGCCAGGAUAAAAACCUCUCCCUCAACGUGAUCAAGACAAAGGAGAUGAUCGUGGACAACAGGAAAAGGAGUGCUGAGCACGCCCCCAUUCUCAUCGAUGGGGCUGUAGUGGAGCAAGUUGAGAGCUUCAACUUCCAUGGUGUCCACAUCACCAACAAACUAUCAUGGUCUAAACACACCAAGACAGUCAUGAAGAGGGCAUGACAACGCCUAUUCCCCCUCAGGAGACUGAAAAGAUUUGGCAAGGGUCCUCAAAUCCUCAAAAAGUUAUACAGCUGCACCAUCGAGAGCAUCCUGACUGGUUGCAUCACCACCUGGUAUGGCAACUGCUCAGCCUUCGACCGCAAGGCACUACAGAGGGUAGUGCGUACGGCUCAGUACAUCACUGGGGCCAAGCUUCCUGCCAUCCUGGACCUACAGUGGGGAGAACAAAUAUUUGAUACAUUGCUGAUUUUGCAGGUUUUCCUACUUACAAAGCAUGUAGAGGUCUGUAAUUUUUAUCAUAGGUACACUUCAACUGUGAGAGACGGAAUCUAAAACAAAAAUCCAGAAAAUCACAUUGUAUGAUUUUUAAGUAAUUAAUUUGCUUUUUAUUGCAUGACAUAAGUAUUUAAUACAUCAGAAAAGCAGAACUUAAUAUUUGGUACAGAAACCUUUGUUUGCAAUUACAGAGAUCAUACGUUUCCUGUAGGUCUUGACCAGGUUUACACACACUGCAGCAGGGAUUUUGGCCUACUCCUCCAUACAGACCAUCUCCAGGUCCUUCAGGUUUCGGGGCUGUCGCUGGGCGAUACGGACUUUCAGCUCCCUCCAAAGAUUUUCCAUUGGCUAGGCCACUCCAGGACCUUGAGAUGCUUCUUACGGAGCCACUCCUUAGUUGCCCUGGCUGUGUGUUUCGGGUCGUUGUCAUGCUGGAAGACCCAGCCACGACCCAUCUUCAAUGCUCUUACUGAGGGAAGGAGGUUGUUGGCCAAGAUCUCACGAUACAUGGCCCCAUCCAUCCUCCCCUCAAUACAGUGCAGUCGUCCUGUCCCCUUUGCAGAAAAGCAUCCCCAAGGAAUGAUGUUUCCACCUCCAUGCUUCACGGUUGGGAUGGUGUUCUUGGGGUUGUACUCAUCCUUCUUCUUCCUCCAAACACGCCGAGUGGAGUUUAGACCAAAAAGCUCUAUUUUUGUCUCAUCAGACCACAUGACCUUCUCCCAUUCCUCCUCUGGAUCAUCCAGAUGGUCAUUGGCAAACUUCAGACGGGCCUGGACAUGCGCUGGCUUGAGCAGGGGGACCUUGCGUGCGCUGCAGGAUUUUAAUCCAUAGUAGGAAAACCUGCAAAAUCGGCAGUGUAUCAAAUACUUGUUCUCCCCACUGUAUAUACUAGGCGUUGUCAGAGGAAUGCCCUAAAAAAUGUCAAAGACUCCAGCCAUUCAAGUCAUAGACUGUUCUCUCUGCUACCGCACGGAAAGCCGUACCAGAGCGCCAGGUCUUGGACCAAAAGGCUUCUUAACAGCUUCUACCCCCAAGCCAUAAGACUCCUGAACAGCUAAUCAAAUGGCUGCCCGGACUAUUUACAGUGACCCCCUUGUAUUAUUUGAUUAUUUUUCACUGACUCUUGCACUGGCUUUAUGCACACUCACUAGACUCUACCCACACACUCACACAUACUACAUUGACACUCCAACACUCCAACACACACACACACACACACAUGCAUAUUGACACCAUACACACUCACACAUAGACACACUUUCACACUCUUCACAUACCCUGCUGCUACUCUGUUUAUGAUCUAUCCUGAUUGCCUAGAUAUACAUACUGUAUUACUCUAUGUAGGGUAGUGUCUUUGUAGAGAUGUUGUCAUCACAAGUUUACCUCAUAUCAAACUGAUAUAAACUAAUCCUGUGUGUGUGUGUGUGUGUGUGUGUGUGUGUGUGUGUGUGUGUGUGUGUGUGUGUGUGUGUGUGUGUGUGUGUGUGUGUGUGUGUGUGUGUGUGUGUGUGUGUGUGUGUGUGUGUGUGUGUGUGUGUGUGUGUGUGUGUGUGUGUGUGUGUGUGUGUGUGUGUGUGUGUGUGUGUGUGUGUGUGUGAAUUCCUUUGAAUUAUGCCAGAGUGAAUAAUAUCUGCCUGUGUUUGGAGCACCCUUAAGGCGUCAGCAUGCUUCAGCCUAGCCGAACUGAACGAGUGUGCUCGUAUACUCCCUUAAAAUACCUUUUCUUGAAAAACGAGAAAAAAGCGGCAAUAGUACUGUUUGUCCGUUUUGAGACACCGUAGCCAGUAUACGCUUCCUCAAAAUAGUCAGAAAUAAUCUAAGAUAACUGAAGAAAUCUGUCAUUAAUUUUGACGUUUUUGCCGAAGAGAUCUUAGUCACACAAUUUUACAUCUAACUAAGAUGUUUGGUGCAGUAUUUUUUUAAUGAAUUAAUCUCUCGUUGAAUGAAGACUUAAUUGAAAAAUCCCUACUGAUGACCAAUCACCGACGAAGGGGUGUAGACUUCGGCUUGCCUCCAGAAAAAAAUGUGUGUGCCCGAACAGCCGAUAAACCCCUCACCGAAAUCCAAAACGAACAAUAACGUCACAGAAUGUCAUCAUAAUAUAUGCACAAACUUUACCGAACUGUUUCGACUGGGAAGCAUGCGGACUCCUUUAUGCGAUCACAUCUGUAAGAGGCUAUUUGGACAAUGGUCCUCCUCUCCUUCCCUCCUUCCCCUCUCUCAUCUCACUCAUUCUAAAUCAGCACUACCUCUCCGCCUUCUUACUUGUCCACCUGAACACUCAUCUCCCUCCUCAUCCCUCUCCUUUUUCCUCCAUUACUUGCUCCCUCCUCCCCCUCUCUUCUACUCGGCUCCCUCUCUCUUUCUAACUUCAAGUCUGUAUUCAUUCCUUCUCUUUCUUAAGUUUGUUUUUUAUCCUUCCAUCACUGUGGCUAUCAUCUGCAAACUUUUACUAAUCUCUUUAAUCUAAGUGUUACCAACGCAACACUCCAAACCCACCAUGGGGUAGUAAAAUACACUCUUAACCUUAACCAUCAGGGAGGGGAACACAAAACUGACCUUAGCUCAGUGUCUAACGGCAACUUCAUAAACUCAUGGCAGACUUUGGGAGGUGGUGACAUUUUAUUGUAUACAGAAACUAGUGUGAAAGAGCAAAGGGGAGUGAGAAAGGGGGAGGGAGAAGAGGGGACAAAUAUCUGAAAUGUAAAUUGAAGAGGGGCGACUGAGUAGAGGUCAUUAAAGUUAUACUCUUCCAAUCAGAGGACUAUACUGUACCAGUCUAUGGGAAAGUAAAAAAUGUGUGUUAGCCUUUUACACAGAUGGUAAAGAGACUAUGGAAGAGAAGACAGGCUGACACACACAGUACUAUACUUAAUGUAGGCCUACAUCAACUUUAAAUACACCUGAUGCGUGUGUAUAUCUGAACACUGUUCUGAACUUCUGACCUGAUCAACUGAGGCCCCACUGGGUUAAAACUGCUUGAAUCAACGUUGUCUCCACAUAAUUUCUACGAAGAAAAUGAUAUGUGAUGAUGUUGAGUCAAUGGGGAAAACUAAUUGGAUUUGCAGAAAGUCAUAAACGAAAGGGAAUUUCGUAUUUUUUUCACCCAACUUUUAAUUGAAAUCCAAUGGCAGGGUGACAUUUUUGGUUGAUUUUAUGUUGAAUUCAACUCAACCAAAUGUAAAUAAAAACUAAACAUUGAACUAACGUCUGUGCCCAGUGUGGCCCUUCAAAAUGUUUACAUAAAGUCCUCAGGGUCUCUCUCUCUCUCAUAAGCACACACACUGUAAUUAAAGGUAACAAGCAAUAUUGCUCAAUAAUGAAUUGAAUAGCAGACAGUGUGUGAGAAACCAGUGUUUGUAUUCCCAGUCAAGCUUAGCCGUACCUGGUCAAACAAAGGUUCAUGAAUAGCACCUGAAUCCUAACUGAAGUAAAUCCUGAAUGGGAUAAAUCCACAGCCUAAGGGACAGAUUAAUUCUGACCCUUAGUAACCCCUGAUCCCCAGUGACCUUUGGAUCCUCUCUCUCAAUCUAUGACACACUGGGAUUGUUCCCUCAAGGUAAUCUUGUUGUUCCUCUUAGGUGUGUGUGUGUUCAUGUGUUCAUCUGUGCGUUCAUGCAUUUGUUCUAUUGUGUGUGUGUGUGUGUGUGUGUGUGUGUGUGUGUGCGCAUUUGUGCAUGUAUGUGUGUGUUUUCUUUUCCUUCAUACUCUCACCUGCCUUAGUGAGGGAAAAUGCUAGGAUUACAAUGACUGGUCUCUGCCUGGGGCCUCCAAAUCACUAAGUCCUCCCCUGAACUCAGGCAUUGUCUUUGCAACACACAUUGUCCCCGCUCUCAAUGACAGGCUAAUUGUGUGUGUAGUGCGUGUGUGUGAAUGGCUUUGUCUUUCACAGUUCUGCUUACAGAAGAUCUCACACGAUUCCAGGGGAAAGAAUACUAUAUUCUGUUAAUACAAUCAUCCAGAAGGAAUGUAUUAUGGAAGCUGUCCUUUGUGUCUGAUUAAUCUCAAUGCUAGUCACUGGGAAGUACAAAUCUGAAGAAAGAUGGGAUUACAAACCUAGUAUAAGAAAUUAAGCAGAGUAACUUGCCAGUUAGGCUGGUCUGAAGCCGAAAAGUAAAGUAAAUUCACAUGAGCAUCACAAGACCUACAGUGCCUUGCAAAAGUAUUCAGUCCCCCUUGGCGUUUUUCCUAUUUUGUUGCAUUACAACCUGUAAUUUAAAUGGAUUUUUAUUUGAAUUUCAUGUAAUGGACAUACACAAAAUAGUCCAAAUUGGUGAAGUGAAAUUAAAAAAAUAACUUGUUUCAAAGAAUUCUAAGAAAUAUAUAACGGAAAAGUGGUGUGUGCAUAUGUAUUCAUCCCCUUUGCUAUGAUCCCCUAAAUAAGAUAAUAAAGUCCACCUGUGUGCAAUCUAAGUGUCACAUGAUCUGUCACAUGAUCUCAGUAUAUAUACACCUGUUCUGGAAGGCUGCAGAGUCUGCAACACCACUAAGCAAGAGGCACCACCAAGCAAGUGGCACCAUGAAGACCAAGGAGCUCUCCAAACAGGUCAGGGACAAAGUUGUGGAGAAGUACAGAUCAGGGUUGGAUUAUAAAAUAAUAUCUGAAACUUUGAACAUCCCACGGAGCACCAUUAAAUCCAUUGUUAAAAAAUUGAAAGAGAAUGGCACCACAACAAACCUGCACCACAACAAACCUGCCAAGAGAGGGCCGCCCACCUAAACUCACGGACCAGGCAAGGAGGGCAUUAAUCAGAGAGGCAACAAAGAGACCAAAGAUAACCCUGAACACAGCGGAGAUUGGAGUAUCUGUCCAUAGGACCACUUUAAGCCGUACACUCCACAGAGCUGGGCUUUACGGAUGAGUGGCCAGAAAAAAUACAUUGCUUAAAGAACAAAAUAAGCAAACACAUUUGGUGUUCGCCAAAAGGCAUGUGGGAGACUCCCCAAACAAAUGGAAGAAGUUAGUCUGGUCAGAUGAGACUAAAAUUUAGCUUUUUGGCCAUCAAGGAAAACGCUAUGUCUGGCACAAACCCAACACCUCUCAUCACCCCGAGAACACCAUCCCCACAGUGAAGCAUGGUGGUGGCAGCAUCAUGCUGUGGGGAUGUUUUUCAUAGGCAGGGACUGGGAAACUGGUCAGAAUUGAAGGAAUGAUGGAUGGCGCUAAAUACAGGGAAAGUCUUGAGGGAAACCUGUUUCAGUAUUCCAGAGAUUUGAGACUGGGACGGAGGUUCACCUUCCAGCAGGACAAUGACCCUGAGCAUACUGCUAAAGCAACACUCGAGUGGUUUAAGGGGAAACAUUUAAAUGUCUUGGAAUGGCCUAGUCAAAGCCCAGACCUCAAUCCAAUUGAGAAUCUGUGGUAUGACUUAAAGAUUGCUGUACACCAGCGGAACCCAUCCAACUUGAAGGAGCUGGAGCAGUUUUGCCUGAGGUACUGAGCGCUCUGGAGCAGGUUUUCAUCAAGGAUCUCCCUGUACUUUGCUCCGUUCAUCUUUCCCUCGAUCCUGACUAGUCUCCCAGUCCCUGCCGCUGAAAACAUCCCCACAGCAUGAUGCUGUCACCACUAUGUUUCACCGUAGGGAUGGUGCCAGGUUUCCUCCAGACGUGAUGCUUGGCAUUCAGGCCAAAGAGUUCAAUCUUGGAUUUAUCAGACCGGAGAAUCUUGUUUCUCAUGGUCUGAGAGUCCUUUAGGUGCCUUUUGGCAAACUCCAACCAGGCUUUCAUGAGCCUUUUACUGAGGAGUGGCAUCCGUCUGGCAACUCUACCAUAAAGGCCUGAUUGGUGGAGUGCUGCAGAGAUGGUUGUCCUUCUAGAAGGUUCUCCCAUCUCCACAGAGGAACUCUGGAGCUCUGUCAGAGUGACCAUCGGGUUCUUGGUCACCUCCCUGACCAAGGCCCUUCUCCCCCGACAGCUCAGUUUGGCCAGGCGACCAGCUCUAGGAAGAGUCUUGGUUGUAGAAACAUCUCAAGGAUGAUCAAUGGAAACAGGAUGCACCUGAGCUUAAUUUCGAGUCUCAUAGCAAAGUGUCUGAAUACUUAUAUAAAUAAGGUGUGUAUAUAUAUUUAUUUUAUUUGCUGAAAUUUCUUAAAACCAGUUUUUGCUUUGUCAUUAUAAGGUAUUGUGUGUAGAUUGAUGAUGAUUUUUAUUUAUUUAAUCCAUUUUAGAAUAAGGCUGUAACGUAACAAAAUGUGGAAAAAGGGAAUGGGUCUGAAUACUUUCCGAAUGCACUGUAAGCACAGGAGGUUGGUGAAACCUUAAUUUGGGAGGACGGGCUAGUGGUAAUGGCUGGAGCGGAAUAGGUGGAAUGGUAUCAAACACAUGGUUUCCAUGUGUUUGAUGCCAUUCCAUUUGCACCGUUCCAGCCAUUAGUAUGAGCCGUCCUCACCUCAGCAGCCUCCACUGCAUAUAAGGGUGGUUUUCCGGACACAGACUUAGCCUAUUUCUAAACUAACUAACAGUAGAGAUUGUCUCUUGGAAGUGCUUCUUAGUCCAGGGAAAUCGGCCAAUAGAGAGUCACUUGUUAUUAAUAAGGAGCUAGAUAAGGAGCUACACAGUACACUUUUUUUUUUUUAAAGGAGUACCCUUUUUGGUUCCAGGUAGAACCCUUUCCACAUAGGGUUCUACAUGAAAGCCAAAAGGAUUAUACCUGGAACAAAUGAGGGUUCUCCUAUGGGGACAGCCGAAGAACCCUUUGGAACCCUUUUUCUUAGAGUGUACAUUUAUUGUUGAUAAUUAUCUGCGACGUGUGUGACUGCUCAACCAUGGCUGCAGAUAAGAAUCUUCUUAAUACAACUUACAGAAUAUACCAGCUACUAGUACCUUCAUGAGGUGGAGAAGUCAGACAUUUCUUGUCCACAAGUCUUCUCUUUCCAGGAAUCAUGUUGAUCUAGGAUCAGAUUCCCUCUGUCCAUGUGAUGUUAUUCGUUGUGAACAAAAAGCUAAACUGAUCCUAAAAGAAUUGCCACACUGGGGGAACCUUUCCAGUUCAAAAAGGUUCCUUGAGGAACCCCUCUGAAAAGGGUCUUUGAGGAAUCCCUGUGUAAAGGUAUUAUUUGAACCUUUUUAGUAAUAUAUUCUAGAGGUGGCAGCCUAUCAGAAGAUUGGAGGUGUUGCUUAUUGGAGGCGUGGCUUUCAGAUAGUUAUUGUUGGCUGCAAAUUGAAAUGUUUCUUGAAUAUUUAUGCAUAUUACAUAUUCUAUAAUGGUAUUAAUAAUACUAACAUUGCUGAUUACAUAUAGUAAUAAAGGGGUAACUAUUCCAACUUUUUUUUUUUUUUUUUUUGCAUAGGCUCUUGAAGAACUCGGUGUUUAACCUUAACAUGUGAUGACAAUACAACAGAACAGAUGACCCAGACUGACAUUUACUCCCAUGGGUGUCCUAAAAAUAUAUAUCUGAAAGCCACUUUCGUUUCGAUUCAUGACGUUCUGGCAUGUCUGCCUACAGGCCAUUUGUUGGGAGAGUAGUCUGUCUGAAGAGGACCCUCCCCAGAACACUUUUUUUUCCUUCCUUCCGUUUUGAAUUUACCAAGACAGUCUGUCAUGAUUUCCACACCUUAGUCACUGCUGUUACCUGUGGGUCGGGUUUCCGAGACAAAGCCCAGCCUUUACAGUCUUUAUCAUUGAGUCUGUGCCCCUGGAACGUUUUUUUUUAGGACUAUCAUUUCCUCCACCAGGCUGUUUGUCUCCCUUCUUUCCGUAGGCCUAGGCUAUUGGUACACUCAAGACAAAGUUGUUUUUAAUUAUUUAAGUUUGUCAGUGUCAUUUCGUUAUUUUUUGUGGUAUUUAAAAAUAUUCUAAAUGUCACCAGUCUUUAAAAUGACGUCAUAAUUGCAUGUAAUGCGUUUAGAAAAGGCAAACAUUUUCCUGGACCUCCUAAAAUAAUUGACCCCUGGGGCUGAGCCUCGAAUGUGUGCUCUAUUCAGAACGGUCAUUUUAAAUUAGUGAGUUAAAUUAACAAUUAAGUCGUGAGUUAAAUUAACAUAUUAGGCUGCAGUGACUAGGCCUACUAUUACCGAAUGUAGGCUAGAGAGUCUGCGGGUCCGGACAAAGAUAAUUGCGGCGCGGCGGCAUGUUUCAUGCUGCGGUCGGGAGCGGGUAGUCUGACAGACAACUUUUUUUGUCCAGCAGAUUAUUUGGAAAUGGUCUAAUUUCUGUUUUGUAUGCUGUAGCCUAGGCCAACCAAUUGUAUUAAAAGUACCGCAUUAUUCACACACCCUCAUCAUUGGCUUCAUGUUCUGUAGCCUACCUCUCCUCGCCUAGUUGAGCAUGCGAGAUCAAGUGCGCCUGUAUGUGUAAUCUCAAUGGAAUAGAGUAUGCUGCCUAUAAUCAAUUGGCAGUUAUCUUGCCAAGGAAAUGUGCUUAAAUAUGAUUAGGCUAUAGUUUACUAUAGUGUCUGUAAAUAAAUGUUAGUCGAAAGAAGUGGAGGGCGCUCAACUAACGGAAGACGAUGUGCAAUAAAACAAUUAUAUCAUCACUGACAAGGAAAGGGCACAACGCGCGCAUACCAUGGUGAGCGAGCGUUCCGCCUUUUCAAUAAAUAUUGAUUACCCAUUUAUUUGUCUCUGCCUGCAAAUCGUCCUGCACCUAAACCUGCUCCUAAAAGGUAGGCUAUGUCCUAUAUGUAAAACGUAAAAGAAAGUGCAAGUGUCCGCUCUCAUCAUUCUUGCUACUUCAAGUUCAGUAGCCUUUCCUCUUUUCUUGUGCAUGCGAGAUCAGGUGCGCGUGCAUGUGGUCUUAAUUAAAUAGAGUAGACUUAUAUGCAUGGUCGGAGAAGCACGGGGCAGUUAUCUUUCCAAGGAAAUAAACUUCCUAAAUAGGAUUAAGCUAUAGUUUACUACAUUGCCUGGAAAUAAAUAUUGAUCACCCAUAUUUGUCUCCGUCUGAAAAUCGUCCCGCUCCUAAAAGGUAGGCUAUAUGCUAAAUGUAGCUCAAGAGAAAGUGCAAGUGUCUGAGCUCUCUCCAACUCUGCUGUCUUCAAACUACGUCUAUCCUAUUGGCUGAUAGGCCUAUAGCCGAGUACUGAUUGCCUAAUAUAAAGUGAGAAUUUGUUAAUUUAAAAUAUUUCUUAGGUCCCUCCUAUAGCUCAGUUGGUAGAGCAUGGCGCUUCCAACGUCAGGGUUGUGGGUUCGAUUCCCACGGGGGGCCAGUAUGAAAAGUGUAUGUACUCACUAACUGUAAGUUGCUCAGGAUAAGAGCGUCUGCUAAAUUACUUAAAUGUAAAAUGUUGUUUUUGCACAUUUUGAUAUUGCCUAUAGGGCGUAAAAUUGCUGGGACCAUGGAUGGCAAGCGAGCUGCUUCACAUAUGCCUAAAAUAACAUUGUGCAGACCUCUAGCCUAGGACUACUUAUCACACUAGGAAUUGUAUUUUACUGUUAGUCUGCAAAUGCGAUGAUAGAUGCAUGCAAUGCUUUAUUAUAAAGGUGCAUUUUUACUCCCCCCACCCAUAACCAUAGAAAUAGUAUUCCAUACAUUGUGCAGUAUGGCAAAACAAAAUCUUAACUUUAAUAAUAUAAAUAUUGCCUAACACAUAAUGCAUUCAGGAGAAUAAGUUAAUUACAAAGUAGCUUCAAUAUGGUUUAUAUAUGGUAAAUAAUGCUACUUGAAGUCACUAUCAAUUUCUGAGACAGCAAGGAAUUUCAGAACCCUGCUUGGGCUAACUGCUAUAGACACUCAGACAAAGCAAACAUUCAUGGAAAAUGUCAUGGGAUGCAUUUCCUCCAUCUUUACGAUUUUGUUGGUGUUGGUACGGCCCAUUAUUUGAUGGUUUAAGAAAGUUACAUUUUGGUUCUGGAUCUCAGACUAUUCCUUUUCAUCCUCUUCAUCCUCACACUCCUCCUCCUCAGCGGUGGCGUAGGGUAUAGGGUGCCAUUUGAUAUGCAGAUGCUGUAAUAUUUUGUAAUGUUCUUCACUUUAGGUCAUAAUGUGGAUCUGACAGGAAUCCCUCAUAGUCAGAUUUCUGCAGGUACCAAGGAGGUAGGGGUAACAAUGACGAAUCCCAAAUGGAUCCUCAUCAAAUCAAAUUUUAUUUGUCACGUGCCGAAUACAACAGGUGUAGACCUUACCGUGAAAUGCUUACUUACAAGCCCUUCCCAACAUAAAAAAAAUAAUAACACGAGGAAUAAAAUAGACAAUAAUGAAGCUAUUUACAGGGUGUACCAGUACCAUAUCAAUGUGCAGGGGUACAAGGUAUUUGAGGUACAUACUUUUGUGUAUAUAUAGUGUAUGUGGACACCCCUUCAAAUAAGUGGAUUCGACUAUUUCAGCCACACCCGUUGCUGACAGGUGUGUAAAAUCGAGCACACAUCCAUGCAAUCUCCAUAGACAAACUAGUGGAAAGCCUUCGCAGAAGAGUGGAGGCUGUUAUAGCAGCAAAGGGGGGACCAACUCCAUAUUAAUGCCCAUGAUUUUGGAAUGAGAUGUUCGACGCGCACUUUUGAUCAUGUAGUGUAUGUACAUAAAGGCAGGGGUAAAGUGACUAGGCAUCAGGAUAGAUAAUAAUAAGAGUAAAAUAAAGAACAUAGUAGCAGCAGCAUAUGGUGUGUGUGUGUGUGUGUGUGUUUAUGUAGUGCAUGUAGUAUGUAUGGGUUUGUGUGAGAGUGUCAGUGUAGUGUGUGUGUGUGUGUUUAUGUAGUGCAUGUAGCAUGUAUGGGUUUGUGUGAGAGUGUCAGUGUAGUGUGUGUGUGUGUUUGAAGGAGUGGGUAGAAUCUUGUGAGUAUGCAUAGAUUCAGUGCAAGAUAGGGUCAAUGCAGAUAGUCUGGGUAACCAUUUUAUUAACUAUUUAACAAUCUUAUGGCUUGGGGUUAGAAACUGUCUCGGAGCCUGUUGGUCCGAGAGCCGAUCCUCCGGUACCGUUUGCUGGACAGUAGCAGAGUGAACAGUCUAUGGCUUGGGUGGCUGAAGUCUUUGGUAAUUUUUUGGGCCUUCCUCUCUUCAUGACUGUGCGAGUGUUUGUGGACCAUGUUAAGUCCUUAGUGAUCAGGCCUACCACCGUCGUGUCAUCAGCAAACUUGAUGAUGGUGUUGGAGUCGUCGUGCGUGCCCACGCAAUCGUGGGUGAACAGGAGUACAGGAGGUGACUAAGCACACACCCCUGAGGGGCCCCCGUGUUGAGGGUCAGCGUGGCAGAGGUGUUGUUGCCUACCCUCACCACCUGGGGCCGGCCCGUCAGGAAGUCCAGGAUCCAGUUGCAAAAUCCACUAGCCCCUAAUUUGGGAUUUUAUCAGGCCAGGCCAGGCCAGGCUCUUCUCUGUCCUGGCACCCCAAUGGUGGAACUAGCUUCCCCCUGAAGCUAGGACAGCAGAGUCCCUGCCCAUCUUCCGAAAGCACCUGAAUCCCUACCUUUUCAAAAAGUAUCUUAAAUAAUCCCGCUCCUCACCUCGACCCUCACCCCCCAAUUUUAUUUUACUGAACCAACACUUUCACUUGACUCCCCCCCCCCCCCCCCAGCUCUGACUUUGCUGAUAGCUCUCCUACCACAUCUGAUCAGCUGAGAGUGCUAAUAUCCUUUGGCAUAGAUCCUGUUCUCUCAGUUAGACCAGAUGUUUUUUGUCACUGUUACUUCUAUCAUUUGAAAACAGUCAAAUGUUUUAUUAUCAAUGUUGUUUGUCCCUCAACUGCCAGUCAUCCCAGUUUUCUGAGAACGUGUUAUCACUAAUCACACUGCUAAUCUUGGCUUCACUUGGGGAUUGCAGUGGUAUGAUUCCAACAUAUUUUGUUAUAGGAAAAAAUUAUCAUAAUCUGCUCCAGUCUCCAGCAAAGUCAUUUAAAAUCAUACCCAAACCAUGUGCAGGCGAGUUGCCGCGCCCUGAACCCUGAACUCAAAGAAAACAAGCAUUUGAAAUGUUCUUGUUUUGCUCUGCUAAUAUAGAGUUAAAACAUAGGCACAAAACCUGCCUUAAGAAACCGUUUUUUAUUUACAGAACGGAUUUUUUGGAGAGCCAUGGUUUUAACAUUUCAGUCCAGGGGAGGGUUUAUUGUUUUUUAUUUCAGUACAGGGGAAGGUCUUGUAAUUUGUAAUUGAUAAAAUGUUCAAUAUUUCCAAGUGUUUUAGAAAUAGUUGCUUAUUAUUAUAUCUCUAUGUCUUCCUGAUGCCAACCCUAAUCUCUGCUCAGCAGCACGAUUCUCCGCUGAGUGCCAUGACGGAAGAUCAAAUGCGCCUACAAUUUAGGCCUAGUGUGGUUAGGUAACAGUGGUCUCAAUCAAAUUAUCAAUAUCCUAUAGGCUAUAGGCCUACGAAGUGCAUGCUCGGAGAAACACAGCACAAAGUUAUAUUUUUAACGUGUGUGUAGAGAUCUUUUUGGCUUUCCAAGACACUCCUUUUGCAUGUGGAUAUGUCUAUUGAUGCUGUGCCUACGAUGGUUGCGUCAUUGUUAUGCUCAUAAUUUGUUUAAACUACAUAGCAGCUGGCUUUCUGUAGCUUAGAUAUACAAUAGGUUAGCAAUAGAGGCAAGCGCUAUGUUAUGGUAGGCUGUAAGUAGAUGUAGUGUCAUGACUCAGGUUAAGCUUCAUAAUGUUCGCACACAGACACACACACACACACACACACUUGUACCCGCCUCUGUUUGGUCAUUACUAUAUCAUAGCCUCUCAACUGGAGAACUAAUUAGAGCAGAUGCUAUACUGCUGAGUCGGCUUCACACACACCCACAGGCACACACACACAGUGAGCGGCAGAGCACAAACUGUGUCACUGGGGUGGACAUGUAAGAGGGCACUUUAAUAAAUGAUUAUUUCCUCUAUCCUCUUCCUCUAACUUUUCCGCCCGGGAGGAAAAGGAGGAGCCCAGGAGAGAGGAGAGAAACGGAGAGAGAGAAGAGAGAGAGAGAGAGAGAGAGAGAGAGAGAGAGAGGAGAGGAGAAGAGAGGGAAAGAGAGAGAAGGAGAGAGAGAGAGGCGGAAGGAGAGAGGAGGAAGAGGGAAAGAAGAGAGAGAGAGAGAGGGGAGAGCGAAAAGGAGAGAGAGAGAGAGAGGGAAGAAAAGAGAGAGAGAGAGAGAGAGAGAGGGGAAGAGAAAAAGGGAGAGAGAGAGAGAGGGGAAGAGAGGAAGGAGAGAGAGAAGAGAGAGCAGCGAGAGAUUAGCUGAGAGAGAGCGAGACGGGAGGGAGGAGAGACUCGAUAGGAAGAGAGAAGGAGGGAAGCGCAAAUAGAAGAGAGAGAGAGAUCUUUUACCCCAGAGAGGGGACUGCUUUGAUUUUCUCAAUUUAUGUCUGAUUCUGUUCUCUCUCUACUCACUACGCUCUCUAUAUCAGUAUAGAUCUUGCUCAUCUUUAGACGCCGGCCUCCUCUCUUCAAUAUACUUCUCUCUAUCUCUCUCUCUCUCUCUUAACCCUCCUCUCAUCCCUCCCCUCCUCUAUCUCCCCCCAGGUCUGUUGGGCUGCAGGCGUUUCCAGACCUCAGUAGUGAACUACAGUACUCUGCUACUAGAGGAGGACAGGGGUCUUCUCUAUUUGGUGGGCCCUGGGGGCCGCGCUUCUCUCUCAACGCCACAGACAUCUCAGACAGCACAGCUCGCACUGUAAGAGAGAGAGAGAGGGAGAGAGUGAGUGAGCGAGAGAGAUUGUGUGUGCGAUUUCAGGGAACUUACAGUAAAGAAUUGUGGAUCUUACCACUCCCACUAUUUUCUACUAAACAUCUCUAUUGCAAGGUAAACAUCCCCACCUUGAGUCAGUGGCUAGGUCCUAAAUAUCUCUUCUUCCUCCCAAAGUGUUCACUUGUUCAGUUUCCUUCAAUGAUUUGAAAGAAAUUGCUGAUAUAAAAAAUGUGGGUCAUGCCUACACCAAUCCAAUGCUUUUUAGGUUUGUGGGAACUGGGAAGUAGUGAACAAGUGUACACUUCAGGAAAAAUUAGAUAUUAUUGGGACGCAGUGACUGUCGCUCCAAGAACAUUAGCCUACUGUCUAGUUAUUGUUAAGGGCACAAAAUGAUGUUCUGUCACUUAAUCUAGCUACACUAGGACAGUAACUCAACACCCUGUUUCACAUGACACCCUACCAUAAAACUGUUGUAAACUUAGUUAGCCAAGAACCCUUGUUAAUGUUCCACUAACUUAGUAUAGAUGCUCCACAAAGAUCAAUUAGUAGAAGUGUGUAAAGCAGAAACUGACUGGUGGUGAUCAUUUCUACAGAUUAAACAGAUCAAACUGUCAUGAACAACACACUCUCUUCUUUAUCUAUCACCUGAACUGAUCCUUUAUUGUGUAACUUCUUUUUUUUAAACUCUCUCUCUCUCUCCCUCUCUCCCUUUCUCUCUCUGUCGCUCUCUCUGUUGCUCUCUCUCUCUCUCUCUCUCUCUCUCUCUCUCUCUCUCUCUCGCUCGCUCUUUCUCCUAUCAGAUUGAAUGGGAAGCCUCGACUGAGCAAAAGCAGCAGUGUCUGAGCAAAGGGAAAGACAAUAAGGUAGGUGUCUUCCUUUAUUUCUUAAUCUAACAGGUAGUGUGCAUCUUCUCCAUCCCUCCCUCCCUCUCUUUCUCUCUCUUAUUCUCUGUGGUAUGUUUCUUUCCUUUGCAGAGUGCUAUCAUCACGUCCUCCAGAGGUUUACUCUCUCUGUCUUUCUCUCUCCAGCUCUCUUCCUCACCCUCUCUUUAUCUCCCUCUCUCUCCUAGGGAGGUUUAAAUCUACUCAUCUCAAUAUAUGUGGGAUUUCUUUCUCUCCCUCUCUCAUAUAUCAUCCGUCAUGAACAGUCUCUCUCUCUCUCUCUCUCUCUCUGAUGUAUUCUCUCUCUCUCUCUCUCUCUCUCUCUCUCUCUCUCUCUCUCUCUCUCUCUCUCUCUCUCUCUCUCUCUCUCUCUCUCUCUCUCUCUCUCUCUCUCUCUCUGAUGUAUUCUCUCUCUGUUGAUGUAUUCUCUCUCUCUUUGAUUUAUUCUCCCUCUCAACAGACAGAGUGUUAUAACCACAUCAGGUUUCUCCAAAGAUUUAACUCGACUCAUCUCUACAUGUGUGGGACUUACGCCUUCAGACCUCUCUGUGCAUACAUAGUAAGGAACCUAAACAUACUAAGUCAUAGAAUGAACAUGCAUAAAACAUUUAAUAAUCAUUUCUCAAUGGGUUAUUUGGUAUUCUAUCUAAGUAGAAUAACUCCUUCAAGGUAUUGUGUGGGUCGAUUCUCUCCCCCUUCCACAGUAAUUGACACAAUAUUGAAUAUGUUAUGCUAUACCACUGUGUCACUAGCCUCCCUAACCUCCUGUUCUCAUGUGUAGGAUGAGGAGAGGUUUAAAGUGUCAUCUGAGUUUGAGGAGGGCAGAGAGAAGUGUCCAUAUGGACCUGCUACAGGCUACACUGGCCUCAUCGUAGGUAAGACAACCAUUCUUGGGCCUCCCAAAUUGCGCAGCGGUCUAAGGCACUGCAUCGCAGUGCUUGAGGCGUCCCUACAGACCUGGGUUCGAUCCCAGACUGUGUCACACCCAGCCGUGACCGGGAGUCCCAUAGGGCGGCGCACAAUUGGCCCAGCGUCGUCCGGGUUAGGGGAGGGUUUUGCUGGGGGGACUUUACUUGGCUCAUUGCGCUCUAGCGACUCCUUGUGGCGGGCAAUGCACCUGCAGGCGGACUUCGGUCGUCAGUUGAACAGUGUUUCCUCCGGCACAUUGGUGCAGCUGGCUUCCGGGUUAAGCGGGCGGGUGUUAAGAAGCGCAGUUUGGCGGGUCAUGUUUCGGAGGACGCAUGACUCGACCUUCGCCUCUCCCGAGCCCGUUGGGGAGUUGCAGCGAUGAGACAAGAUCGUGAUUGGAUCGCAAUUGGAUAUCACGGAAUUGGGGAGAAAAAUGACAACCUUUCUUAGACCCUGUAUACAUGACUACUGUACAUCCUUUAUUGAGAAGUGUUCUGUCAUCAAACAUGAGAUCACAUUUUAGAAAAUACUUUUUUUGGGGGGAAUAUUAGUCACAAUUUUUAUUUAUGCUCAAUGCUGAUGGCGUACUUGUUCUUAAAUGUAAACCUACCAAUAACCAUUGCUGUUCCUGUAUUGGUCCAGACCAGCAGAUGUACACAGCUUCUCAGUAUGAGUUCCGGGGCUCUCCAGACAUCCGACGUAACUCCCCCUCCCCCACGGUGAGGACAGAGGAGGCACCCACACGCUGGUUACAUGGUGAGUACCCUGGGGCUAGAACAGUUCCUUACAAAGAACACACGCUGGUUACAUGGGAAGUACCCUGGGGUUGGUGCAGAUCCUUACAAAGAACACACGCUGGUUACAUGGUAAAUACCCUGGGGUUGGUGCAGAUCCUCUCAAAGGACCUAUACCUAUGAGCCUCCUCCCUCCCUCCUGGUUCUUUGGCCGUUAUGGUCCUUCUCAAAGAUCUAUUCAAAUGCUUAUUUUCAUGCUCAAGUCACCAGGUCUUCAAAUAACAUUGCCUUCACUAUAGCAGCACCUUCUGUUCUGCCUUUUAUUCAAAAGGAUAGGUUUCAUUUGUAUGAAAAGUUUUAGUGCAUUUCUAAGUGAAGAGUUGGCAUGUUUCACUACUCUGUGUGUGUUUCUGUGUUCCCCAGAGGCUGACUUUGUGGGCAGUGCCCUGGUGAGGGAGAGUGAGGGCAGUACCACUGGUGAUGACGAUAAAAUCUACUACUUCUUUACUGAGAAGAGCCAGGAGCAGACACCAUACUACAGCCACAUUAGAGUGGCACGGGUUGGACGAGUCUGUAAGGUGAGGAGAGGUGUGAAGGGGUGAGGAGAGGGUGUGGGUUGGGAGGGAGGGUGAGAAGAGCCGGGAGUAGACACCAUAUUACAGCCAGGAGAGAGUGGUGAGGAGGGAGAAAGAGGUGAAGGAAGAGCGGGGUAGGGUGAGGCUGGAUGGGGGGUGAGGGGCUGUGAACAGUGGGCACUGACUUACUGUACUAGGGAUAGGACUUUUAGACAAUGAACAAAAUGUCAAAGUGAGAUAUGAUUUGUUGAGGACAAGUGUCAAAGGAUCUGAUUUGAUUAGCUUAGACCACCUGGUCACCACAUCUGAGUAUUUCUGCUGAAUGGACAGUGUUUUCAGUGCUCCUGAAAAACCGCUUGCCCUCGACUUUAGUAUAAAGCGAGAGUGUGUUUUGAUGUCUACGUUGCCUCUGGCUUACCCUCUGAGCAGUGUGUGUGUGUAUGUGUGUGUGCUUCUCAGCAGCAGAUAACACUCGACUGCAGAGUGCACUUGAUGUCUAGUGUGUAUCACCCCUCUCAACAGGGUUGCCAAUGGGCUAUCAUAGGGCAGUGCUGUUGCUAAGCACACAUACAGACACAAACACACACUCACUCCCAUGGCUAUGUUCUCCAUCUCGUGUCUUAGCUCCACAGAGCUGUAGAUUGAAAAAGUAAACAACCUUGCAGAUACGAUAACCUCCCUUGACCCUCCUUUGUGCCCAAGAAAGGCAUGUUCUCUGGACUUUGUUUAGGUUGUCCAUAUGUUGAGCACUAACCUUAUUUCUCCUCCUCCCUCUUUUUCCAUUCUCUUUCAUCCUCAUCUUCUCCCCUGUCCUCUCCUCGCUCCCCCUCAUCUCUUCAUCUCCCUCUUCCUCCCUCCCUCUCCCUCCAUCCUCCUCUUCAACCUCCUCUCCUCUUCUCCCUCCUCCUUCCUCUCCUCUUUUCUACCCUCCUACUCUCCUCCCCCUCCCUCCUCCUCCCUCUCUCGUAGGGAGACAGAGGAGGUCUUUUGACCCUGCAGAAGAGGUGGACAUCGUUCCUUAAGGCCAGACUGGUGUGUUCCCUGCCGGAAUAUGACUUCCACUUCAACAUGUUGAGGAGUGUGUAUACGCUGUCGGGACAGACACCUCACGACACACUCUUCUACGGCGUCUUCGGUCUCGAGUGGUGAGUAGUAGUAGAACUGAAUCGAUCCCAAGAAGGGAAGGGAGCUGUAAGGAGAAGAGAGAAGAGACGCCGAUACAAAGAGACAGGAGUUGGGUGUUUGCUGAGUCUAAGAGAAAAUGUGUGAAAAAUAGAGAGUGAUAAAAACAGACAGGCAAGGAGAGAGAGAAGAGACCGGAUGUGUUAGCUGUGUCAGAUGGGAAGGUGUGACGAGAGAGAGAGAGAUCAAUUGUCUGUACUUAUGACCUCUAUGGUCAGGUUACACUUGGCAAUGUCAAUGAUGGGUUGGCUGUGUGUGUGAUAGAGGGAGGGCAAUGCCCUCUGGCUGUCUGAAUAUCAGGUGAUAUAGUAGCUCAGCUCUGGUCACCAACUCUCCCUCUCUUUCUCUCUCUCCCUCUCUCUUUUUUCCAUUCCCUUAAGAGGCCACAUUCCUUCUUUUGUUUACCUCUUUCUCUUCUCUCCCACUCAUACCUUCUCUUAUCCUUCACGCCUACACUCUUCUCAUUCUCCCUCUCACUCUCUCUCUGUUCGUCUCACUCCCUUUUUUACUUGUCAAAGGAGACGUAGAGCUUCUCUUGAUUAGCUUUGAACAUUUCUCUUUGUCACCAUGCCCACUGCUCUCUCCCUCUUUCUCUCUCUAUUUCUCUUUUCAUCUCCGCUACGUCAGUCUCUGAUCUAUUUUAGCUGUCGCUGUAGUAACAUCUAAGGUUUACUGCUGGUGUUCUGGCGGACGUGUGCGCGUGCACGUGUGUGUGUGUGUGUGUGUGUGACCCAGGUCAAUGAACAGAUCCAUUGGGAGAGAGAGGUGUUUAUACUGUAUCAGUGUGUGACGUGUCCUCUCUGAGUGCUGUAGUGUUUACAGACCAUGUCCCUGGAGACAGCACUGUUUGUAUUAGGAACCUAGCUAUGAGCUCUCCUGGAUUGGAAUAGUCACUUGUACCUCUUCACCAGACCUGGGUCCAAAUAGUAUUCGUUUUCUCUCCAAUAUUUUUGGUAUUCUUAAUUUAGUGACUUCAUUUAUCUUGUCCAGCCUAAUGGAACCAAUGGAAUAGAUGGAAAAAGUGCAAACCCCACAUGGAAUAGUCCCAAACCCCAUUUCUUUAUGUGGGAUAUCAAAAACUGUUUAGGGCAGUGUAACUGUUGAUCAUAUCAACUCAACGUCUUCGUAUGUUACGGUAACCUUAAAACUGUUUGUGUUUGUGUGUGUGUGUGUGUGUGUGUACUAUAGGAAGAACGUGAAGGCAUCGGCAGUGUGCCGGUUUUCUCUGUCUGAGCUCCAGCGGGUCUUUGACGGGCCAUACAUAGAGAACCAGGACUCUGGAGCCAAGUGGAGCGAGUACACUGGCAAGGUCCCUGACCCACGACCUGGAUCAGUGAGUGUCACACAAACACACACACACACACUACGUAUUUUGCUGUCCAAGCAGACUUCUAUAUAACAGGCCCAGUCAGGUCUUCUGAGUUGGUGAUCUAAAGUUUCCCCUAAUCUCUUUAUCUCCUCUUUCCCCAGCAUCCCAACAUCCAGUAUACUGAGUCUAAAUACUUAAAUGAAGAACUGAGGGGAGGGAGAGGGGGAGAGAUUGAGAUGGUAAAGGGUGGGGAGAGAGAGAAGGGCGAGGGAGAUUGGGGAGAGAGGGGUUUAUAAAAACAGAGUGAUAAACAGAGAGAGAGGAGGAGAAACCGGGAAGGAGAGAGAGGAAAUAUGGAAAAAGUGAACAUAGAACUGAGUGGCAGAUUCUUGGAUGAGGAUCAAACGGAAGGAGCUUAUGUCAUUGAAAGCCAUUUCCAUGGUGAUUAUUGCUGGGCCGAGACUCUGCGACAGAUAUGAUUAUUACUUAUUAUGGGCUCCAAAGCCAUGACAUCAUUAACGAGACGAGACGUGAUCUACAGUAGUGUCGUUUCAACACUGAAAAGCUUAAUUUCCACUCUCCGGGUCUAGCUGUGAAAUGGGGUAGAGGAAGUAAUGGUUCUGGGUUUUAACUGUAUUGGCAGUGUCAAAGCCUCUUAGCAGAGUUGGCAAUGACAUCUUACAGAGGACAAAGUCAGAUAAGUUGUUUCCUUAGUCAGGUGGAGAGAAAUAAGCAGCUUACACGGAUGCACACACUGAUUUUUCAGCUCAUAGUGGCCUAUAGGCCACAGGAGGCUGCUGAGCAGAGGACGGCUCAUAAUAAUGGCUGGAAUGGAGUAAAUGGAAUGGUAUCAAACACAUGGAAACCAUGGAAACCAUGUGUUUGAUGAGUUAGAUUACCAUUCCAUUUAUUCCAAUCCAGCCAUUAUUAUGAGCUGUCCUCCCCAAUUAAGGUGCCAUCAACCUCUUUUGAAAUUGGCCUAUUAUGAACUAUAAACUCAGAGGUCUUGCCUUGUAUACUAUAAACUUUCAAUUCACAAGGCUAUACUGUAAGGGAGGGCUAUAUCCUCCACUCAUCUCUCACCAUCCAUCCAUCCCUCCGUUAAUUUAUUCAUCCAUCCAUCCAUCCCUUUUCCCGUGUAUAACAGACCAUUUGAGAGCCAGAGGCAUCAACUCCACCUCUUUCUCUCCUCUAUUCCUCUCUCUUCUGUAUUUAUUUUCUUCAUCUCUCUCUCCUUCCCUCUCUCCAGUGUAUAACCGACUAGUUGAGAUCUAGAAGUGUCAACUCCUUCCUCUCAUCCCUCUCCUCCCCUCUUCCCUCGUCUACAGUGUAUAACAGACCAGUUGAGAUCCAGAGGUAUCAACUUCUCCACCUCCCUGCCAGACGACGUGUUGAACUUUGUGAGGAGACACCCUCUGAUGUCCCAGCAGGUCAUGUCUACAGAACAGCGCCCCCUGUUGUUCAGGAGAACCACGGACUACACCCAGCUGGCGGCUCACAGGGUGGAGGGGCUGGACGGGCAGAACUACCAUGUACUGUUCAUGGGCACAGGUUCGUGGGGGGGGUUAUGGGGGUAAGGGAUGUCAGGGUGUGCAUGCGUGCAUGUGUUAUGCUGUGUGUUUGCAUACAUGUGAUUAGUUUGUGUGGCACUAGGCAGUCAAUUAUUGCGAUCACCAAUCAUCCCAGUAAAGGAAUGGAACAGACUUCAAACCACAUGUUCAGUACAUCCCAUUGUAUGUGUGUGUGUUGUGACCCUGUCUCUGUCUCCUGUUUCAGACGAUGGCUGGCUGCACAGAGCUGUAGAGGUCAAGGGUCAUCUACACAUCAUAGAGGAGCUACAGCUGUUUGACCAACCACAGCCUGUGGAUAGCCUGGUCAUCUCACACGCACAGGUAUACACUCACAAAUGGACGUGCAGGCACAUACACAUGCACGCAGGAACACACACACACAGAUGCACAUUGGUAGUAUUAUGUUUUUUGUUUGUUUUGUUUAUUGUUCUUCUAACUGAAGGACAGCUAACCCAGAUCCACUGGGUAUGCAGGCUUUUGCUCUAGCCUAUUUUCAAUAACACAGGCCUCAACAUAUCUCCCUCCCUCCCUCCCCUCUCCUCCCUCCCUCCCUCCCUCCCUCCCUCCUUCUCUCCCUCCUUCUCUCUCUCCCCUCUAGAUGAGUGUGUAUGUAGGUUCUCCCUCUGGCGUAGUCCAGCUGCCUCUCUCCACCUGUAGCAGGUACACCUCCUGUUACGACUGUGUCUUCUCCCGGGACCCUUACUGUGGCUGGGAUGGACAGGACUGUGUGGACAUCACAGCACAGACUGACAGGUGUGUGUGUGUUUGUGUGUGUGUGUGUGUAUCAUCACGUAACUGUCAGGUGAUGGGGUGGAGUAAUACCAUUCUAGCUGGUGCCCUUGUGUCUGUCUGUGUGUUUGAUUUUGACUUAUCUUAUCUUCUAUAUAUCUCUGUCUGUGUUGAAAUCUCUGCAAUGCAUUCACAACUGUUGCAUAAUGCUGAUGUUUGUUGUUGACUGUGCUGGUGAACGUGACAUGAAUAGUUGUGUGUGUGUGUGCGCACUUGAUAACAGGCUAACAGUCUCUCCUCCUCUCCUCUCUCCUCCUCUCCUCUCACCUUAGGUCUAACCUGAGUCAGGACGUCCUGUAUGGGAACAGAGGAUGUGACAGCAACACAGCAGAUGGUACGCAGACACACACAGACAGGCCUUAUAUGACCAUACUUAGUUGUAUUGUAGUACAGAUUUAUUUUCUCUGGAAAGUUGAGGGAUUAACAGAAAUGAUAAGAGUUGUGUUAAUAUUUGAAAGUUGAUUAUGCAUACUUCUCUGCAGCACCCUCAUUUCCAUAGCAUCUCUAAUCAUAUUUUUGAUGCACUUUACAUACUAAGAAGUUAGAAAAUACUAUGCAAUUCAGGAUUUGAGAUCCUCAAGCUUUUCUGAUUACAAUGCAAUUAUUUUCAUAUGGGAGAAUGUAACAUAUUGGAUUCUUUAUGCAUCAGUGAUUUAAGAGUAAUAUAUGCAGUCUGAUAAGUUGUAUAGAAGUUGCAUUUAACUCCCAAACACAUAGUACAAUGGCCAUGGGCCUUUUAGAUUCUGAGAUCCAUAACAGUAUAUCAGUCUUAUUGUGAGAGGAUACCCAGGUUUUAUGUGUGUUGCCAUUCAUUCAGAGCUGGUCCAGCACCGGAACCGGUCUGUGAUGGUGGGAGAUGACGUGCUGCUCCAGUGUGAACUCAGCUCAAACCUGGCAACCCCAGUGUGGACUCUGGAUGGGUCAGAGCUGCAAGGCUACGGCCUGGACUCCGGCUUCAGAGUGGGAAACGAUGGCCUCCUGGUCAUUGAGUCCCGACCUGAGCAGAGCGGCGAGUACACCUGCCAUGCCCUCGAGAACGGCGUCCGGGUCGCCGUGGUUACGUACUCUGUGACAGUUCGUUUAGACAUGCCCCAACACCCUCCCCCGACCAUGGACCCCAUCCAGGAAGACUCCUCCUACUACACCCCCUGGGACUCUGACUCUUCCACCCUUCACCCCCCUCCUCCAUCCACCGCACCCCCCUCCUCAGAGAGGCCCCUGCUACCCCCUCCCCCGGCCCCUCUCCCCCCCACCUCGGAGCUGCUCUCCCCCAGGAGCAUGGAGGCUAUGUACCUGUCCAUGAUCACCAUCCUGGGGGGUCUGUGUCUGGUUCUCACCGUGGUCCUCUUCUACAUGGGCUUCUGUCUUCAGGCCGGCCGCAGGGGGAAGUACUCUCUCCGUGCUGCCGCCGCCGCCGCCGCCUCUGCCAAUCACACGGACAGGAAGAAAAAACACAGGAAGCAGCAGAAGAAACGCCACAGUAGCUCUGCCCACCUAGAGCUCAAGACCAUCUCCAGCCACUGUAACGGGAAUGGGAUCUGUAACGGUAACGCCGUCUCCAAACAACCGGAGGACGGCGAUGCACACGAAGGGGGCUUCCUCCAGAUCGUCCCUGGGGAGGGCCAGUCAUCCCCCAACAAGGACCCCCCUCCCCCUGCCCCUCCUCUUCCCCCGCCCCCUCAGACCCCCCACACCCCCCUCAACCAAUCAGAGUGUGACUUGCAAGACUUCCCCAGCCCCAACGGCCUAUCAGCGACGUUACCCAGCGUCUUGCGGAGGAUGCACGGGAACAGCUACGUGUUGUUAAGACAGAGUGAUGCAGACAGCAGCUCUCCUCUCUGCUACUCCUUCACUGAGGAACUCAACAGGAUCCUGGAGAAGAGGAAGCACACGCAGCUGCUGCCCAAACCGGACGAGAGCUCUGUG